GACUGCUUGCUGCAUAACAAGAUGAAAAAUUCGGGAGGAAUUUCAAGUAGACAAAUCAUGAAUGAAAUUGACGUCUUAUUCGCCAAACUUUCAAAUCUGUAUUCUAAACUUGGAGACUUGCAAAUGUUUACUUUUGAAAGUUUUGUCAGAAGUAUGACAGAUCAACAGUUUACCGAUUUUGUGGACAAAGCAAUUAAGAAAACAUGGAAGUUUCCCCCCAAGUCAUUGAAAGUCGAUACCGUACUCGUCAAGAAGCUACAUCGUUUCUUCACUAUAUUGAAAGAAGACCCUAACUGGAAACAGCAAUUUUUACAAAUAAUGUACCGCUCAUGUAGCCAACACCAGGAAAGUGAAGCCGACAAAAUGAUAGGUAUGAUAUCUCUUAAGGUCCGGGAUGCUUAUGAAAAUCACUGGUUGCCAAACAAACACAACUUAAGUCAAUUGCAACAAAAAGGAAGUUUCCUUUUAAAUGCACAUAUAAAAGAUAAUAAUAUUAAUGAUGAUGUUAUUGUUGAUGAAAUAGAGGAUGGUGUGCUUGGAGAGGAUGACGAAUUGGAUAGAGAUUACAUAAACGAGCAACAUGCUACUAGGGCGUCAGCUUUUGAUGAAGAUUUUAAAAGUAAGUUUAAACCCAAAGACUUAAAAUCGGAACGAUUGGUAAAACUCGAAGCAUCUAUAUCAAAGACAAAUGCUAAAAAUGCUAAAAAUAAGAAGAACAAAAACGUCUUUUGCUUAUCAGAUUUCCCAUCACAUUGUGCUUUAAGCAAAAGUAUUUCAACGAAAGAUAUCUUGUGGAGUCUCUCAGAAGUCGAGAAGUAUACUUUCAUAUACAGUUCUUUGCAUUCGGGAAAUGACAAUUUGAUAGAUGAUAUGAAUGAACUGUUUGAACAAAUCAACAUGAAGCAGAAGCAGAAAGAGAUGAUUACUCUUACUAAUAAGGUAGAAGUUUUAAGAACCCAAAAAAUCGUUGGUGCAACUAUAGUAGGAGCAUCUUGUCAGUUGUCAUUGAUUAACAAAUUGGCACCAAAAGUUGUCCUCGUAGAAGAAGCUGCAGAAGUUUUAGAGUCAUGUUUGGUUGCUGUUUUGAGCAAGAGUGUCCAAAAGUUAAUCCUUAUCGGAGAUCAUAGGCAACUAAAGCCACAAGUUGAUACAUAUCACCUUAGGAGGGAACAUAACUUUCACAUUUCUAUGAUGGAGAGGCUGAUAAAGAUAGGAUUUCCGUACGAAAAGUUACUGAGUCAAGGCCGCAUGAGACCAGAAUUCUCGUGCAUGUUGAAAGAUAUAUACCCAAAAUACCGAGACUUCCCUGAUCUAGAUAAGAAGAAUGAGAAGAUUGAAUGUCUGCCUAACUCCAUGUAUUUCUGGUCACAUAAGUUCCCUGAAAACAAAGACUGUUCAGUGAAAAACUUGAGAGAAGCCAACAUGGUUGUAGCACUUGCUAUGUUCUUUAUUACAAGUGGUGUAGAUGAGGCUGAUGUGACCAUACUUUGUGCUUACCUAGGACAAGUUCAGCAUGUUCGGAAACUAUAUCGUGAGAUGAAUCCCCCACCUUCUAAACAAGAUACUACAAAGAAGCCUAUUGACAUAUGUACAAUUGACGGAUACCAGGGAGACGAAAAUAAAUUUGUCAUUGUUUCGUUGACUAGGUCCAACGAAAAUAAUCAAAUUGGAUUUUUGAAAGAAAUUGAGCGCCGUUGUGUAGCACAAUCAAGAGCAAAAUGUGGCAUGUACUUUGUCGGAAAUGCUACCAUGUUCAGAAAAAGUAAAACAUGGAAAAUAAUUAUGGAUACUAUGGAUAGUCAAAGUCUCGUUGGUGAAAUGCUUCCUCUCAUCUGCUACAGGCAUCCUGAUAUCAUAUAUCAUGUUGUUCAGAGGGAUGAUCUGACUAAAAAGGUUGUAAGCGAUAAUUCCCAGUUGAUGUAUUAUGUUCAGAAUAAUAACAAAUGGUGUAAGGAUAUCUGCAAUUCCUCCUUUCCCUGUGGAAUUGAAGCUCAUCGCUGCAAGAAACUCUGCACUCCACGACAUGAUGAUACAAAGUGUAAAACUAAAGUCGAUUUCAAAUUUUUAGAUUGUCAUCAUACUACUCAAAAGGAGUGUUACAUUGAGGAAAAAGAUAUGAAGUGCAAAACCAAGAGACUCGUAGAGCUGCCUAAUUGCAGACACCAAAAAGUGGUAGAAUGUCAUACUUGGAUUUUCAAAGAGAAUGAAAUCAUGUGUACUGAAACCUGCUCAAAGUCAUAUGACUGUAAAUAUCAGCAUAAAUGUGAAAAAAUGUGCGUAAGAGCUCAUGAGCAUUAUGCAGAGCAUUGUCCAGAAAAGGUAGAGUUUGUGAUUCGAGAAUGUGGCCACAAAGCAAAUAUUAAGAAGGUGUGUGGUAAACCCGAACCAGCGAUAACAUGUAAAUCUAUCUGCAAUUACUCCUUUCGCUGUGGAAUUGAAGCUCAUCGUUGCAAGAAACUGUGCACUCCACGACAUAUACAUGACGAUGCAAAUUGUAAAACCAAAGUCGAUUUCAAAUGUGCAGCUUUUCGUCAUACUACUCAAAAGGAAUGUUACAUUGAGGAAAAAGAUAUGAAGUGCAAAACCAAGAUACUGGUAACGUUUUCUAAGACGUGCAAACACCAAAAAGAGGUAGAAUGUCAUACUUUUAAUUUCAAAAAGAAAGAAAUCAUGUGUACUGAAACCUGCUCAAAGUCAUAUGACUGUAAAUAUCAACAUAAAUGUAAGAAAAUAUGCCGAAGAGCUCAUGAGCAUAAUGCAGAGCAUUGUCCAGAAAAGGUAGAGUUUGUGAUUCGAGAAUGUGGCCACAAAGCACAUAUUAAGAAGGUGUGUGGUGAACCUGAACCAGUGAUGAAAUGUAAAUUGAUCUGCAAUUCCUCUUUUCCCUGUGGAAUUGAAGCUCAUCGUUGCAAGAAACUCUGCACUCCACGACAUGACGAUACAAAGUGUAAAACCAAAGUCGAUUUCAAAUGUGUAGCUUUUCAUCAUACUACUCAAAAGGAAUGUUACAUUGAGGAAAAAGAUAUGAAGUGCAAAACCAAGAUAUGGGUAAGGUUUCCUGAGUGUAAACACAUAAAAGAGGUAGAAUGCUGUGUUUUGACUUUUCAACGGGAAACUAUCAUUUGUAUGGAGACCUGCUCAGAGUUAUAUAAAUGUCCAAAUAAGCACAAGUGUGAGAAGAUUUGUGGAAGCGCUCAUGAGCAUAAUGCAGAGCAUUGUCCAGAAAAGGUAGAGUUUGUGAUUCAAGAAUGUGGCCACAAAGCACAUAUUAAGAAGGUGUGUGGUAAACCUGAACCAGCGAUAACAUGUAAAUCUAUCUGCAAUUCCUCCUUUUCCUGUGGAACUGAAGCUCAUCGUUGCAAGAAACUGUGCACUCCACGACAUAUACAUGAAGAUACAAAUUGUAAAACCAAAGUCGAUUUCAAAUGUUUAGCUUGUCUUCGUACUACUCAAAAGGAAUGUUACAUAUUGGACAAAGAUAUGAAGUGCAAAACCAAGAGACAGGUAAAGUUUUCUACGUGUAAACACACAAAACUGGUAGAAUGCUAUGUUUGGACUUUAGAACAGGAAACUAUGUUUUGUAUGGAGACCUGCUCAGAGUUAUAUAAAUGUCCAAAUAGACACACGUGUGGAAAGAUUUGUGGAAGAGCUCAUGAGCAUUUUGCGGAAGAUUGUCCGACACAAGUGGAAUUCGAAUUUCCUAAAUGCACAGCUCAUAUUAGGAAAGUAUGUGGCCAACCGAAAGUAGAAUGUGAAACGAACUUCGAGUACGAGAGUACCAAAUGUGGACAUCUUCAAAACCGGAAUUGCUCAGAGGUAGAGAAAUGUAUUCAUGUAUGCAACAAGGAAAGGCCUGACUGUGGUCACCCGUGUGCAAACCUAUGUAGUAAACCAUGCCUUGAAAUAGACUGCAGGAUUUGUUCAGAGAAGUCUAAAGAAUCCCUUUUUUCUGUUCUGCUAAAAAGGUUGCGGAGGAAAAGUUGAAAAUAUGUAGAUUUAGCAAAGCUGAACCUGACUUUUUCAAGCUUCUGCAUAUGUCUACCAGCACAAUGGUUGACUUAACGAUUUUAUUUACGAU